ACAGGUGGUGCUGCGGAUGCAGAGCUGGCUGAAGCCAUCAUGUCUCGGCGUUUCCACCCCUCAGUGAUCGGACCAGAGACGUGGGAGGGAUACGUGUUUUCUGACCUGGAGAUCCGAAUCAAAGAAUCCACGGAUCUGUACGGGGCAGUACUCUGGCCCUCGGCAAUGGUGCUGUGUCACUUCUUAGAAACGAACCAGGACAAAUUCAACCUGGCGGAGAAAAAUGUGAUCGAGCUGGGAGCUGGAACCGGCCUCGUCACCAUCGUAGGCAGCAUUUUAGGUGCUAAAGUAACGUCUACAGACCUACCGGAUGUGUUGGGGAACCUCCAGUACAAUGUAACACGCAACACCAAGAGCAGAUGCAAAUACACCCCUCUGGUCACUGAGCUGAUCUGGGGUCAGGAGGUGUCUCAGCGUUUCCCUCGUGCCACACAUCGUUUUGACUACAUCCUGGCAGCCGACGUGGUUUACGCCCACUCUUACCUGAACGAGCUGAUGGAUACCUUCGACUACCUGUGCCAGGACCACACUCAGAUACUGUGGGCCAUGCGUUUCCGACUGGACCCGGAGAACAGUUUUGUGGACCGCUUCCAGCAGCGUUUUCACCUGGAGGAGCUGUACGACCUGCCCAGUCUGAGUAUCAAACUGUACCGAGCCUGGAGGAGGGACCAGUGGACCGGGGACCAAAGAGAGGCUGCUGCCUGAACCGCUGAACUUUCACAGAACUCUGAAUAUUAAAGCAUUGGUCAUUUUCUAUAUGGAUGUUUUCCACAGCUCCCAGUCAGAGCUUGGCUGGAGCUGUAAAAAAUCUGUUGGACUGGCAGUACUCGUAGCUGGGCACGGAUGUUAAUGUUCAAAAUGCAAUAA